AUGCCGAUACAACAAGGUGUGUUUUUGGGACAGGAGGUCCUGAGCGGGGAGGAGAGGGCCAGGCACAGGGCAGAGCGGCGCAGAGCCAGGAGGAAGCGUCGCCGAGACCGGAAGAAACUCGAGAAAGAGCAGAAGAGUGGGCAGGAUGGAGAGGAGGAUGAGGAGGAGGAGGAGGAGGAAGGAGCGGAGUCAGAGCAGGAGGACAGCGAGUCAGAGGAGGAAGAGGAAGAGGAGAACGGACAGGAGCAGGUGGAGGAAGAGCAGAGGAGCCCCCGCUCUAAGGACGGGCUGACCCCCCCACUGGCGUCCUCAGGAAACUGUGGCAACCGCCAGCCCCCACCUGUCACCUGGGAGGAGGAACCCGAAUGGGACGUUAGCAGUGCCUUCGUCGCUAACGCUGCCAGUCAUAUCAGACCAAAGAGCAGGACCAGGGCCAGUCCCAGGUCCGGUCCCAGGUCCAGGGAGAACAGGGAGAACGAGGCUCGGACCAGGGAGGUCAACGGCGCAGAAUCUGUCAGUAAAAGAAGUACCUCAUUAACAGAAAAAGGGAUUGAACUGGUUCAGCAGGGGAGGUACACCGAGGCUGUCUGCAUGUUUACUGAAGCCAUUAAACACGACCCCAAUGACUACAGGUUUUUUGGGAAUCGCUCAUACUGUUACGAGUGCCUGGAGCAGUACCCACGGGCUCUUGCCGAUGCUGAACGGUCCAUCCAGCUGGCCCCAGAGUGGCCCAAGGGAUUCUUCCGCAAGGGCAGCGCACUGAUGGGGAUGAAGAGGUACAGUGAAGCGGAGAAGGCCAUGGCGGUGGUGUUGAAGCUGGAUCAGAACUGUGAGGAGGCGGUGAAUGAGCUCUUCAGCUGCAGAGUGCUGCAGCUCAUGGAGCUGGGCUUUGAGGAGGCUCAGUGUGUUGUCCUGCUGGAGAGGCACUCCACAGUGCAGGCUGUGCUGUCUUCCUUAGAGGUCACUCAGGUGAUGAACCCAGACUGUGUUCAGGACCAGGCUGGCCCCCCCUGCCACUCUCUCUGGGUGGGGAACGUCACAGCUCAGCUGACUGAGAAGCACCUGUGGGACCUGUUCUCAGCCGUCGGGGAGGUCGACAGCAUUCGGAUUCUGCACGAGCGCUUCUGCGCCUUCGUCAACUUCAGGAACGCCAACAUGGCCGCCCGCGCUCUCGAGAAGCUACACGGGGUGGAGCUUGAGAACACCAGGCUGGUGAUUCGCUACCCAGACCGCUGGACCCAGCGAGUCCCCGCCCCCUUGGCCCUUCCACAGGUCACCGUUGCUAGGUAACGCACCGCUACGAGGUCUGGCCGCAGAGUGCCGGUCCAGGGAGAUGAGUGCUACUUCUGGAGGACCAGCGGCUGCCAUUUUGGGGAGAAAUGCCGCUACAAGCACAUUCCGGAGCAGCGUGGGCGGGACCGGAAACCAUGGCAACCCUGAGCACAUGCCUGAGAGGCGAGGGGGGAGGGGCUGACCUUUGAGGGACAGCUGGGUCACAGGGAGGGUGUGGCCACACUGUGGAACCACCACUCGGUACGAUCAAGCCACACCCUCCCCCCGGGGCCACACCCACUUACAGCAGCUCCAGACACACAGCCUGGGAGAGGGAGCAGGGACUCAUGGGAAAUGAAGUCCCUGCCCCCUCAUGCUUUGACCAGUUUGUGUGGUUGGUGACUUGGGGUCACUUAUGAGCUGUGCCAAAGGACAUAUGUAUAUAUAUAUAUAUGCGCCUCUCCACCUCUCUCACUCUGUCCUCUGCAGAACAACAAGCCCAGGUGACUCUUAAGACAUUUUCCUUCUAUGUGGAUUGCCUUCAUCAUCGCCUUAAAAGACUACAUUUUCAUUUCUGCCCUUGCAAACCCACCCCUCACCACCAGAGGGAGCUCAGAGCAAGGACAGAGAUGAGUGUGUGUACGGGAGGGUAGUCUCUGUGGACCGAGCUGCACUGCCCCUGCGCUGUUGCGUGUGUUUUAAUUUGCUCUUAUUUUAAAUGUUCUGUAUUUAAGUGAAACUUUACUUUUGCGUUAAACAUUUCAGAUGCACUCCUGUUUCCUCAGUUUCAGGCAAACGGAUCACAUGGGAGCUAGUGUCUCCGUUCAUCCGUGUUUACCAUAAGCCUGGACCUCUUUCUCUCAGUAUAUAUGAUAUAUACAACGUCGUCCUUGUGGAAAGUUUUUGUUUUUGUUUUCCCGGUUAACCUCCUCUUUUUAUUCACUCAAGUGCCUUUGAUCUUGCCUGAUCAGGGAUGUGGUUUUUCUGAUUUCUCUCUUUUUCGGAUUAAGCUAACAUUUCAUCACUUUCUAGCCCCCGGCAGAAAACCCGGGUGUGUCAUAAGUACAAACACAGAGAGUCUGUGCACCGUGACAGCCAAUAGCAGGAGAGAGUGUUCAUCAAACCGCCAAACGCUGUAGUCCCAGGGCUAUUUGUGGCAUGAAAACUAGAAUUUCUUUAUUAAU